UCUCUGACCUCAAUAUCUCGGUGUAUUUUUUUCUGAGGGAGAAAGACGGAUGCUGGCGGCGCCAUAUUGAAAGAAGAAAAUUGUCACAUAAAACGUUAAAACGCGAAAGUUCCCGCCAUGUUGUACCUGGAGGAUUACCUGGAGAUGAUCGAGCAGCUUCCCAUGGAUCUCCGCGACAGGUUUACGGAAAUGAGAGAGAUGGACCUGCAGGUUCAGAACGCCACGGACCAGCUGGAGCAGAAGGUGAUCGAGUUCUUCGUCAACGCCAAGAAGAACAAACCUGAAUGGAGAGAGGAGCAGAUGGAGGUCAUUAAAAAGGAUUAUUACAAAGCUCUGGAAGAUGCAGAUGAGAAAGUCCAGCUGGCCAAUCAGAUUUAUGAUCUGGUGGACCGUCACCUGCGUAAACUGGACCAGGAGCUGGCCAAGUUUAAGAUGGAGCUGGAGGCCGACAACGCCGGCAUCACAGAGAUCCUGGAGAGACGGUCUUUAGAGAUGGACAGUCCAUCUCAGCCGGUCAACAACCAUCACGUCCACUCUCACGCCACCGCUGAGAAGAGGAAGUACAACGCUCCGACUCACCACACUACAGAACACGUUCCAGAGAAGAAGUUCAAGUCUGAAGCUCUGCUGUCCACGCUCACAUCAGAUGCCUCCAAGGAGAACACGCCAGGUUGCCGUACCAACAGCACGUCCUCGUCCACCAACAAUGUGUACAGUGUGAACUCGUCUCAGCCUCUGGCCUCAUACAACCUGAGCUCUCUGCCUGCGGGGCCCGGGGCCGGAGCUGGGGCCAUCACCAUGGCUGCUGCUCAGGCUGUGCAGGCCACCGCACAGAUGAAGGAGGGCCGGAGGACGUCCAGUCUGAAGGCAAGCUACGAGGCCAUCAAGAAUAACGACUUCCAGCUGGGCAGAGAGUUCGCUCUGUCCCGGGACAACACCGGAUACUCCUCCUCUGCUCUGGCCUCCACCCUCACCCAGACCCUCACCCCCACCACCGCCUCCGACUCCAGGGGACGCAAGUCCAAAAGCAGCAUCAAGUCUUCCAACCACCAGUCCUCUUCAUCGUCCUCCUCUUCCUCUCUGUCAUCCUGCUCUUCGUCAUCGGCGCUGGCUCAGGAGCUUUCCCAGCAGGCCUCAGCGCUGCCCGAGGCGGAGGCCAACAGCCAGGUGGACUGGACCUACGACCCCAACGAGCCCCGAUACUGCAUCUGUAACCAGGUUUCUUAUGGAGAGAUGGUCGGCUGUGACAACACAGACUGUCCGAUCGAGUGGUUCCACUACGGCUGUGUGGGUCUGACGGAGGCUCCCAAGGGGAAGUGGUUCUGUCCUCAGUGUACGGCCGCCAUGAAGAGGAGAGGCAGCCGCCACAAAUAGACUUUAACCUCCAGGUCGUCCUCACAAACAACAACACCACCACCACAAAGGUCAGAGGUCAGAGGUCAACCGGCCGCUCACAAACAAGACACUAAAAACACUUCUCACAGUUCUCAGAUUAAAACCACAUAUCAGCCUCCAAACAUCCAACGCCACCACGAAACGCUCCGCCUGGCGUCUUUAUCUCACUCUGUGGGAUUAUUUCAACAUCCUGAAUUUAUUCAGCAUCAGAAUUCUUGAUGUUCCACACUGAGAUUAAUCUCAUAACUCACAUGUUUUAAACACACUCCACCAUUUUAUGUUUUUCUCCUCAUAAAACAGAACAUUUAAAAACUCUCCGUUAAUUCUGGAAUGUAAAAAUAACCACUGAUCAGACGUCAUCAUGCAUCUCAUUCCAGUUUACUGAGGACGUAGUGACAAUAACCUGAGGACGUAGGACGUAGUGACGAUAACGUGAGGACGUAGUGACGAUAACCUGAGGACGUAGUGACGAUAACGUGAGGACGUAGUGACAAUGACCUGAGGACGUAGUGACAAUAACGUGAGGACGUAGUGACGAUAACGCGAGGACGUAGGAUGUAGUGACGAUAAGGUGAGGACCUAGUGACGAUAAUGUGACGAUAACGUGAGGACAUAGUGACGAUAAUCUGAGGACGUAGUGACGAUAACCUGAGGACGUAGGACGUAGUGAUGAUAACGUGAGGACGUAGUGAUGAUAAUGUGAGGACAUAGGAUGUAGUGACGAUAACGUGAGGACGUAGUGACGAUAACAUGAGGACCUAGUGACGAUAAUGUGACGAUAACGUGAGGACGUAGUGACGAUAAUCUGAGGACGUAGUGACGAUAACCUGAGGACAUAGUGACGAUAACGUGACGCUAACAUGAGGACGUAGUGAAGACAAUCUGAGAACGUAGUGACGAUAACGUGAGGACGUAGUGACGAAAAUGUGACGCUAACAUGAGAACGUAGUGAAGACAAUCUGAGAACGUAGUGACGAUAAUGUGAGGACGUAGUGACGACAAUCUGAGGACGUAGUGACGAUAACGUGAGGACGUACUGACGACAAUCUGAGGACGUAGUGACGAUAACGUGAGGACGUAGUGACGAUAACGUGAGGACAUAGUGACGAUAAUCUGAGGACGUAGUGACGAUAACUUGAGGACGUAGAGACUAUAACGUGAGGACGUAGGACGUAGUGACAAUAAUGUGAGGACGUAGUGACGAUAAUGUGACGAUAACGUGAGGACGUAGUGACGAUAACGUGAGGACGUAGUGGCGAUAAUGUGAGGACGUAGUGACGACAAUCUGAGGACGUAGUGACGAUAACGUGAGGACGUAGCAACGAUAACGUGAGGACGUAGGACGUAGUGACGAUAACGUGAGGACAUAGUGACGAUAAUCUGAGGACGUAGUGACGAUAACCUGAGGAUGUAGUGACAACAAUCUGAGGACGUAGUGACAGUAACGUGAGGACGUAGUGACGAUAAUGUGACGAUAAUCUGAGGACGUAGUGACGAUAACCUGAGGAUGUAGUGACGAUAACGUGAGGAUGUAGGACGUAGUGACGAUAACGUGAGGACGUAGUGACGAUAACCUGAGGACUUAGUGACGAUAAUGUGAGGACGUAGUGACGACAAUCUGAGGACGUAGUGACGAUAACGUGAGGACGUAGUGACCAUAACGUGAGGACGUAGCGACGAUAACGUGAGGACGUAGCGACGAUAACGUGAGGACGUAGUGACGAUAACCUGAGGACGUAGCAACGAUAACGUGAGGACGUAGGACGUAGUGACGAUAACCUGAGGAUGUAGUGACGAUAACUUGAGGACGUAGUGACGACAAUCUGAGGACGUAGUGACAAUAACGUGAGGACGUAGUGGCGAUAACGUGAGGACGUAGUGACGAUAACCUGAGGACGUAAUGACGAUAACGUGAGAACGUAGUGACGAUAAUCAGGGGACGUAGUGACGAUAACCUGAGGACGUAGUGACAAUAACGUGAGGACGUAGUGACGAUAACGUGAGAACGUAGUGAUGAUAACCUGAGGACGUAGUGACGAUAACCUGAGGACGUGGUGGCGAUAACCUGAGGACGUAGCAACGAUAACGUGAGGACGUAGGACGUAGUGACGAUAACCUGAGGAUGUAGUGACGAUAACUUGAGGACGUAGUGACGACAAUCUGAGGACGUAGUGACAAUAACGUGAGGAUGUAGUGGCAAUAACGUGAGGACGCAGUGACGAUAACCUGAGGACGUAGUGACGAUAAUCUGAGGACGUGACUCAAGCUUUUUUGAUCAAAAGAUCAAAUGUAACGUUGAGGCGGACCACACAGACGGACACGGAGAGGUCAGAGGUCAACCUGUCAGGUCAGCUAGUGUAUUUAAAUCCAACUGAAAACAGGCCGGCCGAGCAGAUGAUCGACAUUUCUUAAAAAAAAAAAAAAAAAAAAAAAAAGGUCUGUUAUGAGAUUAAUCCUGAAAAGUUUGGAUUUAAUGUCAGAGUGACAAAAUGAAACUGAUGAAAAAAUAUGUCGUCAGUAAAUAAAGUUCAGACUUUAUCUUCACGUCUGACGUCACUCAGAAAUAUUAGUUUGAUUAAAUGAUCAGAAUUCAGACUUUUUCCCUUCAAAACUCACUCACACUAGAAUUUAAUUCAGACUUUGAAAAUCUCAACUUCAUGUGAUCAGAAGUCAGAUUUGUUUAUUUGUGUAUAUCAGUUCUUUUAUUAUUCUUUGUGAAUCUUGAAUUUAUUUUUGUGAAGAUUUUGAGAGUUAAGACUUUAAAAAGAUUGACAAAAUGUUGAGACCUCUCAAAAAAAUUAUUAUUAUUAUUAUUUUUUUAUUUUUUUUUUUUUAAAAAAAGAGAAAUCAAAUCUGGGAUUUUUUUUUUUUGUUGUUGUUGUUUUUAAGAUUUUGAGAUUUAAAUCUUGUUAUAAACGGCAUUUAGUUGUUCUGACCUGAAUCCAGACUGAAGUUUAUUUUUGUGGUUCGGACAUAAAUCACUGAAUUCAGACGUCUUGACUUAAUAAAAUUUAAUUUGCAGAAUAAAUUUAAACAUUUAUCUCUGGUGACAAAAUUUGGAGGAAGAAAGUUUCUCAGUUUGAGUGGAACUCGUCCAGAUUAUGACUCCAUAUGUUUUUUAAAAACUGAGACUUGUUGAAUUUCUGUGUAAUAUCUGAGAACAGUAACAGAAGUUAGUGACAUCAUCAAUGAUGUCACAGUGAUGUGGCCGAGCUCCUCUCCUCUGGUGGGAUGUAAAAAACUACAAACAUGGCUGUUGGACUACAACUACAGGAGCCUGAUGAACCUGUUUGAACCGUUAACAUUAAGAUGAACUGUGUGUGUGUGUGUGUGUGUGUGUGUGUGUGUGUGUGUGAGUGUACUGACAGGAUGUUAAAAAAAAAAAAGGUCCAAUAAAAUCAGAUGUUUUGGUA